AUGCUUCACUACGGGAAGAGGCUCGGGGGCCUUCCCCUGCUCCUGCGCGCGUACGGCUCGCCGUUCCCGCGCGCGCUUCCGUUCGGGAUCCUCAGCGUCGUCGUCACCGCGGUGUGCGUCGGCGUGGACGACAUCCAAGAUUCGCUCAGAACGUCGUUUCUUCACCCGUACCCGUUCCAGAUUUACGCGUUCGUGAUCGGGUUCCUCGUCGUCCUGCGCACGAACCACGCGCUGCAUCGAUACAUGGAAGCGCGGACGAACGUCGAGCUCAUGGGGUCGAAGUGGGCGGACGUCGUCGUGAUGUGCGUCGCGUUCGACAGCUUCUCGACGGGCGACCGCGCGUCGCGGUGGCCGUGGAGGAAAGGGAGGCUCGUCAGGAACGACGGCAGCGAGGCGUUCAUCGCGAGGCUCGUCCACCUCCUGUCGCUGCUGCACGCGGUGGCGCUGCAGCACCUGCGCGGGGACGAGGAGCUCGAUAACCUCGUCGCGUCGAAGCCACGGAUCGACGGCGGGCCGGACUUUCUCGAGAAGGCGAAGAAGACGCCGGCCGAGUCGCCGGGGCUCGCGGUCGCGUCGCCGAACGCGCCGCCGCCCGUCGGCGCGCGCUCGCCGAACGCCGAACGGAAGGACGGCGACGACGACGAGAAGGACGGGGGCGCGUCGUCGGACGAGGACAACACGCCGCCGGGCGAGCUCGUGGACGACCCUUUCGCGCACGCGGCGGAGCACAACGUGAACAUCGACGACGAGGACGGAGAAAAGAUGUUCAGGAGGUGGGCCUCGGAGAAGCGGCAUCAGCACUAUAAGAAGGGCGUGUACGACCGGUCAUCCGCGUUUCUCGUGCACGCGGCGACGGCGGAUCGCCGCACGGAGCGGUGGACGUUGCCGAAUCUGUUCAUGUUGUCCGAGGGGACGUCGGAGUGGAUACGGUGCAACGAGUCGAUGCCGAUCACGGUCUUAGGGGGGGUCCCGGACAAGGAGAAGAAGUCGCUCGACCUUCUCGUGUGCAACCGCGCGUAUCUCGUCUUGAACUGGAUCCAAAGCCUUCUGAUUCACCGGCUCGAGUCCACCCCGGGUCUGCGCGUGCCCGCGCCGAUCAUGUCGAGGGUGCACCAGGUUAUGAGCGACGGGACGUUAGGGUUCAACCAGGCGGAUAAGAUGGCGAAGACGCCGUUCCCGUUGCCGUACGCGCAGAUGCUCACGGCGUGUCUGUUGGUGUUCAACUUGUUCAUGCCGAUCGUCGUCGCCGCGCACACGAACUCGAUGUGGCUCGCUGUGGUCAUCGCGUUCAUGUCCACGAUGGCGUACCAAGGGUUGAACGAAGUCGCGCGCGAGCUCGAGGACCCGUUCAAGCCGACGCAUCUGAACGAUUUAGGGCUGCCGCUGUUGCAGGCGGACUUCAACUCGAAGCUGCGCGCGGCGAGCCCGCCCGUCGGGCUCUCGACGCCGUGGUUGGAGGAGUGAUCGAACGUAAACGAACGAAUUACGGACGGGGGGGGGCGCGCGUCUCCACCCCGCACGAUUCCCGCGGCGCGCGGCGCGGUAGGGAUGCACGAAUGUAGAACAUUAUAAUGAAAACGACGCACGAGGCGUGAGCU